GAUGGCCCUGGGACUGCAGCUUCGGCGGCAGGUGCUGGCUGGACUCCUGCUCUGUCUGUGCGUCGGGCGAUGGGCCGAGGCUGGGAAGGUGCUGGUGGUCCCCAUGGAGGGCAGCCACUGGCUCAGCAUGCGGGAGGCCGUGCGGGAGCUCCACGCCAGAGGUCACCAGGUAGUGGUCGUUGCUCCAGAGGUCAAUGUGCACAUCAAGGCAGAAGACUUUUUCAUCAUGAAAACCUAUGCCACUGCCGACACACAGCACACAUUUGAUUCCAUCAUGAAGAGACGUGUACCAGUGCUUUUUGAAAGAGUACAUUGGGUAACGAUGUUUUUGAAAACUAUGGCAUUUUUGAAAAAGGCGUCUUUGUUCUUUGAAAGGUCUUGUGAGGGGCUGUUGUAUGACAAGGACUUGAUCAGACACCUGAAUGCCAGUGCCUUUGAUGUGGUUUUAACGGACCCUAUUUACCUCUGUGGGGCAGUGCUGGCUAAGUACCUGUCCAUUCCUGCUGUGUUUUUUUUGCGGCACAUUCCAUGUGACUUAGAUGCUGAGGGCACUGCAUGCCCAAACCCUUUCUCAUAUGUUCCUCGGUUUUUAACAACAAACCCAGACCACAUGACAUUCUUCCAAAGAGUGAAGAACAUGCUCUACCCUCUGAGCCUGAAGUACAUUUGCCAGGGUCCUUUCACUCCUUAUGUACGUAUGGCCUCUGAGCUUCUUCAGAGAGAGGUGUCACUGGGGGAGAUUCUUGCCUCUGGAUCCAUGUGGCUGUUCAGAGUAGAUUUUGUGGUGGAGUACCCACGGCCAAUCAUGCCCAACAUGGUGUUCAUUGGAGGUAUCAACUGUGCCAACAGGAAACCUUUAUCUCAGAGCAGUGGAAGCCUAGUGGGGUCAGCCUCUAAAGAGGAUUCAGAGAGCCUGCAUGGAGGCAUGGGGAUGUUCCUCCUGCCCAAAGUGAAGCAGGCGCUGGGGCCCAGCGCCUUCUGA